AUGACCACUUUCUGCAUUGGUAACGAGAAUUUUUGGGUCCUUCAACCGAACUCUGGAGGUAGUUGGAUUUGGAAGGCUCUAUGCAAGCUACGGGAUAUAGCGAGACCCUUUCUGCAUUGUCAAAUUGGAUCCGGAAUUACAGCAAGUUUUUGGUUUGAUAAUUGGACAUCAGUGGGUCCUCUUAUCGAUCACGUCGGCCCUAGAGGCCCGAUAAGCACGGGCAUCGACAUCAAUGCAGUGGUGGCAGAUGCAUUGACGGAGAAUGGCUGGUGCUUUGAGCAUAGUAGGAGCAGAAACCAGGUCAUUACCUUACUCAAAAAAUCUGUCCCCGACUCUGGACCGAUCAUGAGUUCGGAAGUGGAUGAUACUUAUGUCUUGUACUCGAAUGGUCAAAAUGGGGCAGGUAACUUCUCUACAAGUGAGACUUGGAGGGCUCUAUUCCCUUCUACAGAAGUGGUUUUUUGGCAUCAGGUGGUGUGGUUCUCUGGUCGGAUUCCCAAGCAUGCUUUUCUUUCUUGGAUAGCAGCAAGGGAUAGAAUGGUUACCAGAGAUAGACUCUUAAGAUGGGGUUUGCAAGUCCCUCCAAACUGUGUGCUGUGUGUGACUCAUAGUGAAACUAGACAGCACCUUUUCUUUGACUGCCCAUUUAGUCAUCAAGUAUGGUCCUUCUUCACAGCUAAGCUUAAUCUGUCACCUCCCCACCUGUUUGAGGAUGGGCUUAGAUGGUUGAAACAUCCAUCUCGUGAUGAUAAUGUGAAGUUGAUUGUGAAGCUGCUUCAUCAGGCCUGCCUAUAUUUCAUCUGGAAAGAGAGAAAUGAUAAGAUUCAUUCCAAUGGGCAGAAACGCCCUGCUGUGAUUAUUAAUGAGAUUAAGCAGAUGCUAAGGCUCAGACUCGACCCUUUGGCGAGGGCGCAACGACUACACCAGGGCGAGGAAUCAGUCCUUGCGACGUGGCUCAGGUUUUUUGCAGGAUAG